CGACGAUUUCGAACGGUCGCUCGCCUAGAAUCAACCUCCGAGCUCGACUUUCCAAGGGAAUCCUUCAUCUCCGGCGAGAAUCUGAUAACUGGAGCCAUCGCGCGUAGGAUGAUCGAUAGAGAAUGCUAUUUGCUCUUCUGUAUCAUUAUAUUCAUGAUUGCUGUGCCUUGCUAUACCCAUGAAAGGUUUGAUGGAAAAACUUUAUAUGCUGGGAAGGAGCUGUGGAAGGAGACUCUGCCAUUACAAUCUGGAUCUCGUGUUUACAAAUUAGAAGGGAUUAAAUCAAAUUCUUGGUAUGAAGUCAAGAUCUCGUACCCAGCUUCUAUCCCGGCUCUGUUCUCUCUGCAACUGUUGAGGAAUGGUGAAGUGGGGUUGAAGGUUAACCAGAUGAGGAGACUACUCAACACUGAGAAGUUGAUCUUCAAGUCCGAAAGUUUUGAAAACAAGGAGGGAUUGCAUGUUUUGGUGACGGUUGAACCUGAAGGAAUCGUAGCUAUACCUAAUUUCAAAGAACGGUCUUCCAUCAUUUACAAUAUAGUUUGUGAAGAACAGCUACUAGGCAUCGCAUACUCAUGCUGGUCAGUGGUGGUUUUAGUAGUAUUGUGUCUGGUGGUUGCGCUGAUUCUUCCCCGGUUUCUUCCAUCUCAUCUUCUAAUCAAAGAUGGAGAUCGUGACCGUUAAAUAAUAAUAUCAAGAGGUAGCGUACGGUUUAAUAUCUUGUUUCUCUUUACAUAUAUGUUUUGUUACCUCUGAUGGCUUCUCGAUGCUUAUUCAUCCAACUCGGUUUGGAUUCAGUUGUAUUAUAUUGGAUAUGAGUUAGGUGUUUUGGAUAAUUUGACUCUUUGAAUAAUUCGACAUGUUUUUUGAGUAAUUUUAUGAAAUUCUGUUUAUCCAA